AUGAUCCAAUCUCAGACCCAUUUGAAUGUAGCAGAUAAUAGCGGAGCUCGAGAAUUAAUGUGUAUUCGAAUCCUAGGAACUAGUAAUCGCCGAUACGCUCAUAUCGGCGACGUUAUUAUUGCUGUGAUCAAGGAAGCAGUCCCCAAUUCACCUCUAGAAAGAUCCGAAGUGGUUAGAGCUGUAAUUGUGCGUACUUCUAAAGAACUCAAACGCGACAACGGUAUGAUAAUACGAUAUGAUGACAACGCUGCAGUUGUGAUUGAUCAAGAAGGAAAUCCAAAGGGAACUCGAAUUUUUGGUGCAAUCGCCCGGGAAUUGAGACAGUUAAAUUUCACUAAAAUAGUUUCAUUAGCACCUGAAACCCGAUGUGGUUUUAUACGUAUACCACCAGGAGAUAGAGUCAAAAUAGAAGUAAGUGCUUAUGAUUCGACCAGAAAGCGUCUAAUUUAUAGACUCCCCAACAUUCGUAGGUAA